GAUAUUGAUCUUACCAUGAGUUAUCACUACAGGUUGGUUGGAGGCAGCUUGGCAAUCAAUAACCCACAUAAAAAUCAGGAUAUUGGAACAUACCAGUGUUUGGCCACAAAUUCAUUUGGAACAAUUCUGAGCAGGAAGGCAAAGCUUCAAUUUGCAUACCUGGAGAACUUCGAGACGAGAGCGAGGAGCCCGGUGUCGGUGAGAGAGGGACAAGGAGUGGUCCUGCUCUGUGGAACUCCUCCCCACCACGGAGCCUUGUCCUACACCUGGAUCUUCAACAAUAACACCUUGGAUCUUCGGGAAGACAGCCGGCGCUUUGUUUCCCAGGCAACAGGAAACCUGUACCUGGCCAAGGUGGAGCCGUGGGAUGUUGGGAAUUACACCUGUGCCGUGAGCAGCGCCCAGGCUCAGCGCCAGGUCUGGGGGCCCCCCACUGCCCUCACCCUCCGAGGCGAUGGUGUGAUGGGGGAGUAUGAGCCAAAGAUUGAGGUGCGUUUCCCAGAAACAACCUACGCGGCAAAGGGCUCCUCUGUCAGGCUGGAAUGCUUCGCCCUGGGAAAUCCUGUGCCAAGUAUUAGCUGGAAGAGGUCUGAUGGAAACUCCUUGGCAAAGAAAAUCCAGCACAAGACUGGAGGAGUUCUUGAAAUCCCCAACGUUGAGGAGGAAGAUGAAGGUUCCUACGAGUGCAUCGCAGGAAACACUCGAGGAAUAAACAUUGCAAGAGGUCAAUUAUUUGUCUAUGCACCCCCUGAAUGGGAUAAAAAAAUCCAAAAUGCCUUUCUGUCUCUCUAUGACAGUUUAUUUUGGGAAUGUAAGGCAAGAGGAACACCAAAUCCUUCCUAUAGCUGGUUAAAAAAUGGCCAGCCCCUCAUGUCAGAGGAAAGAAUUCAAAUAGAAAAUGGGACUCUCCUCAUCCCCAUGCUGAAUCUGUCAGACUCAGGCCUCUAUCAGUGCGUGGCAGAAAAUAAAUAUGACACCAUUUAUGCCAAUGCUGAGCUGAGGGUGAUCGCUGCAGCCCCUGAUUUUUCCAGAAAUCCUGUGAAGAAGCUGUCUGUUGUUCAGGUUGGAGGGGAAGUUACAAUUGGUUGCAAACCCAGUGCUUCUCCCAGAGCUGUUGUUUCCUGGAGAAAGGGCUCGGAGCUUCUGCGCCAGAACAAAAGGGUGGUGCUCCUGGAGGAUGGCAGCCUCAGGAUCUCCAACAUCACCAAGGCGGAUGCUGGGGUUUACAUUUGUGUAGCCACAAACCAGUUUGGAACGGCCAGAAACUCAGGGAACCUGAUUGUGAAAGAAAGGACUGUCAUCACCAUUCCACCCUCUGACACAGACGCAACAGUUGGAGAGAGCAUUGUCCUGCCCUGCCAGGUGUCCCACGACCCCUCCCUGGACGUGGUGUUCUGGUGGUCAUUCAAUGGCCAGAGAAUCGAUUUGAGCAGAGGAAUCCAUCACUUUGAAAGGAUUGGAAGAGAAUCUGCUGGUGAUUUGAUGAUAAGAAAUAUUCAGCUGCAUCAUUCUGGGAAAUAUGUGUGCAUGGUGCAAACUUCUUUAGACAGUCAAUCUGCAGCAGCAGAUAUAAUUGUGAGAGGCCCCCCAGGUCCACCAGAAGAUGUUAAAGUUGAACAUGUUUCUAGCACGACUGCUGGCUUAUCCUGGAAGCCUGGAGUAGAUAACAACAGCCCAGUGCAGAUCUACAGCGUCCAGACCAGGACUCCCUUCUCGGUGGGAUGGCAGGCGGUGGCCACAGCUCCCGAGGUGAUUAAUGGCAGGACUCUGAAGGCCACGGUGGUGGAUUUAAGCCCCUGGGUUGAGUACGAGUUCCGGGUGGUUGCCAGCAACAGCGUUGGGAUUGGGGAGCCGAGCAGGCCAUCGGCUCUCCUGAGAACCAAAGCAGCAGUUCCUGUGGUGGCACCUACGAACAUCAGCGGAGGAGGAGGGAGCCGCUCCGAGCUGGUCAUCACGUGGGAGCCAGUGUCAGAAGAACUCCAGAACGGGGAAGGUUUUGGCUACAUCGUCAUGUUCCGUCCCCUGGGCUCAACAACCUGGACCAAAGCUGUGGUGGCCUCGGUGGAAUCCAGCAAAUACAUUUAUAGGAAUGAGAGCAUCACACCCCUCUCUCCUUUCGAGGUGAAAGUUGGUGUCUACAACAACGAAGGAGAAGGGACCCUGAGCUCCAUUUCCAUCAUCUACUCAGGAGAGGAUGAGCCACAGAUGGCCCCGGCGGGCGCCUCGGCGCUGAGCGUGUCGGCGGCGGCGGUGGAAGUGUCCUGGCUGCCCAUCCCCUGGAACCGGCACACGGGAAGGGUCCUGGGUUACGAGGUUUUAUAUUGGAUAGAUGAUCCCAAGGAAAGCACAGCUGGGAAGGUCAGAGUCAGUGGGAAUGUGACAGCCAAAAACAUCACGGGCCUGAGAGCUAACACGGUGUAUUUUGCAACAGUCCGAGCCUACAACACUGCGGGGACGGGGCCCUCCAGCACCCCGGUGAAUGUCACCACCAAAAAAUCCCCACCAAGUCAACCUCCAGCAAACAUCGCCUGGAAGCUGACAAAUUCCAAAAUCUGCCUGAACUGGGAGCAUGUGAAAACAAUGGAGAAUGAGUCUGAGGUGCUGGGCUACAAAAUUCUGUACAGACAGAACAGGCACAGCAAAGCCCAUAUCCUGGAGACAAACAACACUUCAGCUGAACUUCUGGUCCCGUUUGAAGAAGAUUAUCUCAUCGAGAUAAGAACCGUUAGUGAUGGUGGCGAUGGCAGCAGCAGUGAGGAAAUUAGGAUUCCAAAAAUAUCGAGUUUGAGCUCUGGAGCAAUGAAAUUAUCCCAAAGGAUAAACCACACAUUGACAUCUGGAAUCCUGCUGUUGAGUUCUGUUCUUCUAAACCCUUUUCCUUGCUGGUUCAAGCAAUGCUCAGCCGUGGACUUUUAA